CCAAGCGGUCAACAUGGAUGGCGUUCGCCCUUCAGGAGAAUUUUGAAAUCACCUUUUGGACGCGCGAUAGCCUCCCCCUUGGUCAGCAACACUGCGCUGACUUUCAGGAAUUUGUGAGGGUCGUCGAAGGAGCGAAGGAGGAACUGCACGAGGACAAAGAGAGUUGCCUAGCGAUGCUGCUGGAGUUGCACAACCAGGGCCAGGACCACUGUGUCCUCGCCUGCACUGAGUGCAAGCAGCGGGUGAAGACAGGCUGGCACUGCCCUGGGUGCGAGGACUACGAUCUUUGCAUCAACUGCUACAACACCAAGGGCCACACCCACAGGAUGGUGAAGGUGGGGCUGGGCCUGGAUGAAGAGGCAGUGGAGGGCGAUGAGGGCGGCAACCAGGGGGAGAUGCAGUUCAGGAGAAUCCAGGAGGCUCGGCGCCUCAGCUUCCUGCGCUGCAUCCAGACCCUGAGGCAUACCCGCCAGUGCCGCGACGCCAGCUGCUCUCGGACCAACUGCCAGAGGAUGAAGCGUGUUGUGCUGCACCCCAAGCGCUGCCAGCGUAAGGUCAAUGGAGGCUGCCCAGUGUGCAAGCAGCUAUUCGCUGUUUGCUGUUACCAUGCCAAACGCUGCCAAGAAAACCCAUGCCCCGUUCCCUUGUGCCUCAACAUCAAACAGAAGCUCCUCGAGCAGCUGCUCCGGCUCCGCCAGCAGCGGAUUUGGAACCGACUGCGGCAGGGGUAGCUCCUGCGCCAGCGGAUGCCACCAUGAACACCCGUCACUUGCCUCAGCAGUCCUCCAUCCCCUCCUUGAGCACCACUCUGGACACCCCCACAGCAGCCCAACACACCCCAGAAACCACAGCCUCCGACUCAGUCCCAGCCCUGGCCUGCAAGCAUGUCACUAGCCGGCUUCUUCAGCUCGGCCAAAACUCUGCCCCCAUCAGUGUCCAUGAGGAAGCCCAUUAACCUUCAGCUCCAGCCCAGCCUGCAGCUCAGCCUGCAGAACCUGAACGCCAUGCCAGCCAGCGGGCCACGACCUGCUGUCCCUCCGCAGCAGCAACAAUGGGGCCUGAACCCCCAUUGCCAGGCAUUGAACAUCAUGAACCCGGGGCGCAACCCCUGCAUGGCAAGAAUGAACCACAGCACACAGAGAUGCCGCGGAACAGCAGCAGCAGCAGCCGCAGCAGCAGGAAGUCAGCAGCGCUGGCAUGGCUGCAGGCCUGGCAGGACACGCCCAGUUCCAGCAGCCUCAGGGAUACUGAUGCCUCCCCCAGCCAUGCAGCAGCAGCAGGUCCAGCAGCAGACUGGGUCCCAAGGCCAGCCAAACCCUGUUAGGAACUAACAGUUAGGCAUAUUCUGUACCUUUCCCUUGCCCUCAGUUUCUC